AUGUUUUCCGUCAUUCCAGAAGACCAUGAAACAAGCCCAAAACGAAAACCACGACUGCCUCAGUCUCAGGGCGCUAGCACGGGUAUUCUUAACAAUCCUAGUUCCCUGAGACUGACACUAGUUCAUAAGUUGCUGAACAUAUCUAUUUCUCCGGUUUCCAUUCUGGACUACCGCCGUGUGGCAAAAACACUUGCCUUGGCGUUUGACAAAGACCCGUUUGUCAAUUACAUUCUCAGUACCCAGAUCGAGUACUCGCCUCACCAGACUCGCCUCAUCAGUAGAAAGCACCAGUUGAUGUUGUCAUUCUUUGAGUUUUCGGUGUACGAAUGCAUGUCUGUAGGGGGUUUGGUCUUGGCUGUAAAAGACAACAACUUGGAGCUAGAUUUGAUCCGGCAGCAGUUGAAACCCCCGGUCUUAUACAAAAUACCUUACUUGGGCGCCGCCUGCUGGAAUAAGUUGGUAUACGAUCGUAGUGAAAACUGUUUCGACUACCCUUCCUCCAGGUCUUCAUUGGCAAACAUCCACCCAACGUCAUUGAAGUUCAGUCUCUUCUCAUCCUUGGCAAAAUGCAAACAGAAGAUCCUGAGAGUAGUGGAAGACCAGUUGCAUCGAGAACGGGACUUCGUAUUCGAGCAAAUGUUAUCUACUGGCUCGUCAAUCAAAACCUCAGAUACCAUCUGGUAUCUAGGAGACGUCUGUAUAAUUCCUUCCAUGCAAGGACGUGGCUUGGCAAAGAAGUUGAUGAUCCAUUGCUUGGGAAAUUAUAUGAUUGGUCAUUGGUGUUACUUGGAAUCUUCCAACGCUGCCAACCGCAAAUUUUACGAAAAACUUGGGUGGUCAUUGAAGAAAACCUUUGUCGUUGAUGAAGAGUUCUCUGAGCACAGCUCUGACGAUAGGGACUUCUGGGGAUCCAACUCGAGAGACAGCUCUUUCAAUGACGAAAAGAAGAGCAGUACGCGCCACGAGAUCCUCUACAUGGACUCAUUUGUUAUGUUUGCUGGAGUGCUGGCUCAGUCCAGUCUCUAG